AUGGCCGCCGCUAUGCCUCGGCCAUAUAGGCGCAUUCUGACAUCUGCGCUGCAUCGGAGAUUUGUCCAUGCAUCUGCCCUAGCGCUUUCAGUCUGCUAUUUUGUUGCAUUCCUUCUCGGAGACAAAUCAUCCUUUUUAUGGGCAUGGUUCCCCAUCGGAGCGUGCGGUUUCCGCGCGGUUCUUCUCUUUCUCUCCAGUCUCGUCGUUUUCGUUCUGCGCGUCGGUCAGAUGCAUCUUGGGUCGAGAACAACUGCAUCCCCGAUCGGUACGUUUAAGUACCUUGUCCCACUCAACGUCAUGCAAACCUUCGGCUGGUACCUGUUCUCUGCUUGGUGGUUCAGUGAGAUCUACAAGUGGUCGUGUCCUACAAGCGCGCAACUUGAAUGGGUCAAACGGGGCAGGCCGCACGAGCGAGCAACACUAAACGAGAGACCGAUCUAUCUUCAUACCUACCAUGUGCUGUUGGCAAUUGCCCAGUCGAUCGUCCAUCUCUACUACGACUAUGACCGCGUUCCUAUCCCUGUGGUUAAGCCAGACUCUGGUGCUUCAGACCGAAGAACUCAUCCGUUAGAGCCAGUCUCCAAGCGCAUCCAAAGCGCUUUGCCCGGAAUGAUCAGAGGUGGUCUCGCAAGGAGCGCACUUGUUGCGGCGAUUUGCCCGUUCGCCUACGUCCUACUCCUCAGGCGGCCAGCAUGGAGCUUCACCUUGUAUUUCGCCAAGCUAUUUUGGAAUUUUCCUAGAUCUGCAGCGGAUCCUCCUGGUGUUAUUCCUGACUUUGGGUUUGGCCUUAUGAUUCGGACUGCCAUAUCCGGAGGGCUACUAACCCUUUGCUGGCAAUCUGCGAACCUUUUCUUCUCGAUGUUUAUCAGCAAGGAACCCCUCAAGCUAGGUCAACCGUUGACAGCGGAAGCAAAGGAUCCUAACGGCAGCCUACUGACCGGCCUAAAGGCGAAGAAGGAGACAGUAAAGGCCUUUGCAUUCUGGGAGCUCUGCCUCAUCAGUCAACAAUUUCCUGAUCGGCGAAAGGCGAUUUUCAACGACAUCGACCGUGAAGGUGGCUCCACCUGGACUCAGAUCCUGCAGUCUGCCACUGAGGUCAUCGAGGGCGUCUCUAACAGGAUCAAUGAGAAGAAAACCCCGACAACAAACGCGAAACCUGAGGAGCAGACCGAAAAAUCACAACCUGUUCUCCAUUCUCUGCCGCGCUUAGCAGAGCCUCCCAAGGAAGACAACAUUUUUGCGAGCUCGCCCAAAGCGGUAUCGCGUCAUGAGAAAAUCGGAGAGGCCUUCAGUUCAGCAGCCAAGAAGUAUGGACAAUCGCCGGACUGGACUCCGACAGCUAGGGCUCGAGCUCGUGAUGUCUUUGACCGCGCGUCCUCAGCUGUGCUGAGCCCUGAGCGAAAGCAGAAGUUGCUCGCUUCUUCCCGGGAGCUGAAGAUGCUCACCGGACCGACGAACAAACCAGAGAAUGCGCACCCCCUGCUCGCACAGGUCCUUCGCUCGCCAAUAGGCCUCAUCCUGCGACAGACUUACGCCCGCCGGUUAUCCGGAAUAGUCCUCGGCACACCGCAUGCAAGUUUAUCUUCCAUCGUUGAUGCUAUUGAGUCGUUGACCCGCCUCCUCAUCGCAAGUCUUGCAGAGGAUCAAUACGGCAAAGUGCAAAGCGAUGUUCCGGGGGUUGUGCGCCUCUUCACAGAGACCAUCACGGUCCUUGAGCCAUUCAUCAACGGCGGGCUAGAUGCCCACUGGACGGAUGUGAACUUCCCACCCUCCAGCGACCCGGACGCCCAGGCCAACGCGCGUCGUGUCCCAGAGGUGGACCUCGUGCUGAAUACAGUUAGGAGCUGCCUCAAAGACCUCUUGUCAGCCUUCAAUCUAUACUUCAAGGACGUUGGACUGGUUGGGAAGGAUCUCCGACUAGCAAAAGAAGCUGCAGGGUUGAUUGAGGAUAAAUAUUAA